CAAAAAAAAUAUGAACUUUUUUUGUUCUUUCACUUUCUCCCUUUACCAUUUUCUUAGCUCAGACAAAUUUUCAAUUCCCAUUUCUCAAUUUUGAAUUUUUUCUGCAAAAUCAACUGUUCCCAAUUCUUAGAAGAGCAAAAAAAUUGAAUCUUGAUUUGUGGGGUUUCUUGAAUUCAAGCAGUUUUGGUCUCCAAUGGCACCGACACCGAAAAACCAGAGAACCCCAACUCCAUUUUCAAAACUAAAUCUUACCCAGGUACCCAUUUCAAGAACACCACAAGCAAAGCAUAGAUUGAAUUUCACCACAGCAAAACCGUCCCCGAACCCGAAUUCUGUAGCCCCUGUAGCAGCAGCAGCAGCAGAGCAUCCCAUUGAAGUUAUAGGCAGAAUUCGCGAUUACCCAGAUAGGAAAGAGAAGCCCUUAUCAUCGUUACAGGUGAAUCCUGACCGUGAGACGUUAAGAGUGAAAACUGAUUCAGGAUAUAGAGAUUUUAGCUUUGAUGGUGUGUCAUUGUCUGAAGAGGAAGAUAUUGAUGAAUUUUACAAGAAAUUCGUGCAGUCGAGGAUUAAUGGAGUGAAAUUGGGAGAUAAAUGUACUGUUAUGAUGUAUGGACCGACAGGGGCUGGAAAAAGUUAUAACAUGUUUGGGAGUUCUAAGCAGCCUGGGAUUGUGUAUAGGUCCUUAAGGGAUAUAUUAGGUGAUGGAAUUGAAGAAAAUGAUGAGAAAAUAAGUGUUGGAACAUUUGUGCAAGUUACUGUUUUAGAGAUAUAUAAUGAGGAAUUAUAUGAUCUGUUAUCAACAAAUAAUGGUGGAGGAUUUGGUUUUGGAUGGUCUAAAGGGAUUGCUUCUAAGGUGAGACUCGAAGUUAUCGGUAAAAAGGCAAAAAAUGCAACUUUUAUUUCCGGUACUGAGGCUACAAAGAUAUCAAAGGAGAUCCAGAAAGUGGAAAAGAGAAGAACAGUGAAAAGCACUUUAUGCAAUGAACGGAGCUCUCGGAGCCACUGCAUGAUGAUUAUUGAUGUUCCAACAGUAGGAGGGAGGCUAAUGCUUGUCGACAUGGCAGGUUCUGAGAAUAUAGAACAAGCUGGUCAAACUGGUAUGGAAGCAAAAAUGCAGACUGCAAAGAUCAAUCAGGGAAACAGUGCACUGAAAAGGGUGGUUGAGUCCAUUGCUAACGGUGAUUCCCACGUGCCUUUCCGAGACAGCAAGUUAACUAUGCUCUUACAGGAUUCUUUUGAGGAUGACAAGUCCAAAAUUCUCAUGAUACUGUGUGCCAGCCCGGAUCCAAAAGAGCUCCACAAAACCAUCUCUACUCUGGAGUACGGUGCCAAAGCAAAAUGCAUUGUCCGUGGCCCUCAUACGCCGUUGAAGGAGAAAGGUGCAGAAGAUUCUUCAUCAGCGGUUAUUUUGGGGUCGAGAAUUGCAGCUAUGGAUAAGUUUAUCUACAAGCUUCAGAGGGAGAACAAGCUCAAAGAGAUAGAGUGUAAUGAAGCUAAGAGAAAGCUUAUGAAGAAAGAAGAAGAAAUUGCUACGUUAAGGUCUAAACUUGAAUUAGUACAAGGAGGGGUGGAGACAACCGAGGAGGAUAUCAUUGUUAAAGUAAACGAGCGAACUCAGAUGUUGAAACAUGAAUUUGAAAGUAAGAUACAAAUCUGUCAGAAAAAGGCAAAUGAAUUCGUAGAGACGGAAAGGAGGAAGAUGGAAGAAAGAAUGUUCCAACAGCAACAAGAGUUUGAAAUGCUUAGAAGGCACUUGGAGGAGAUUGAGGCCGAGCUUCGGCGUUCAAGGGUUGGCAGCAGAUCAACAGAAGUGGAGGAGAACAGCUUUGGGAAAAGGCUACUGGAGAUUUACUCUGAAGACACGGGAAUGGUGAAAUCUAUGGAUUUGGACAGAUCUAUUGAUAUGGACUGUGGAAAGAAGGAUGUGACCGUCUAUAAAGCAGAAAGUAACACACUUCAGGCAAUGUUGGGCUAUCCUAGCAUAAGCAAUCCAAGAGAAAUUGAAGAUGAUCCUUCUAUCUUAUUGCAACAUUUCACCAACAAAUCGUUCUUGAGCACCGUGUUCGAGGAGGAAGAAGAAGGUAACGACAGUGAAGGGGAUAAAGAGAAUCCCCCUGUCGAAGAGGUGCAAAAAGAGGUUAUUGAGGAAAAGACAAUAUGUUCCGGCAUGCUCAAUCAUGAUUUAUUGCAUGUAAGUACAGUUGAAGAUCGUUCUGAUGAACUUUCUAGUGACACGGCCCCUUCCUCCAGAAAAGAGCUAAUUCAAAAUAUAUUCAAACUUUGUGGAAAUUCUAGAGAACUCUCUCUGCAGUGUAUAACAACAACCCCCUCAGUGCCUGCAGGAAAGAGGGUUAAAGACACUGCAUUGAAAUCACCUCCAGUUAAAGAAAUUGGAGAGGAUUCACCUAUAAGAAAAAUUCAUAAUUUCUGUACUGAGAAGCUAAAUGAUUCAAAGGAGAACUUCAACCCAACAUUUGAAAGCAUUGGCGUUGAUCUGGAAGUGCACGUGAAAUGGGAAGCUGCAUCAAAGGAAAAUCCCGGGAUUAUCACUACACUAAAGGUUGUUAAAGGUUCAACUUUAGCUGAUUUGCGCAAGCUGGUCGAGAUACACCUUGGUGCUGACAAUCAAGAACUCAAUUUCCUGGAAAUGUCUGGUGCUCCAGUGCCUAAAGAAGAGGAGUCAGCCACACCAGUGAGUAAGCUGCCGUGGUUCAACUUCAACAACCAGUCACAUGGCUACCUAGCUUGCUUGCAUCCAGUGAAGGGAAACAAGCGAUCUAAUUAUGAACCAUUUUCCCCAUUGGAAAAUAAGCUCCCGUUAACUUUAAACUCACUUGGCAUAGAGGGUCACUGAAAAAAGAUAAAUCUCUGUGACUAUUAGUUGAAAUGGUUAUAUGUAUAAGUUUGUGAGCACGUAAGUGAUCGAUCUUAUGCUCACAUUUAUGACUUGUUUUGCUCUCGAGUAUUUGGUUUUGCUCUGGAGUAAACCUGAAGGUUGAACAUGUAUGUUGUAAUCAUAUGCUCAAUAUAUGAUUUGUUUUGUUAGAGUACAUCUACAUCUGCAGAUGUACUCGCUGCAGAUUUGUAACGUAUACUAUCGUGUUGUGUACAUGUUCUGGUUGAGUGUUGACUCAACUACCUUCCGACGCCA